AUGUCAACGAAACCUACAGGUGGAAAAGGCGGUAAAUCAAAGACCUCGUCGGAGACCAAGACACUUACUACCAGAUCGUCGAAGGCUGGUUUACAGUUCCCCGUCGGUCGUAUCCACAGAUUCCUACGAAAUAAGAAUGCAAACAAUGUCCGAAUCGGUGCCAAAGCUGCCGUCUACGUAGCAGCCAUUAUGGAAUACCUGACCGCAGAAGUAUUGGAGCUUGCAGGUAACGCCGCGAAGGAUCUUAGAGUAAAGAGAAUCACACCAAGACAUUUACAAUUGGCAAUCAGGGGUGAUGAGGAACUUGAUCUUUUGAUUAGAGCUACUAUCGCAGGUGGUGGUGUAUUACCACAUAUCCACAAGUCCCUCGUCGCUAAACAAGGUGUAUCGAAGAAGCUCAAACCCACACCUGCCGCUUAA